AUGGCGCAAAAACCCCCCCGCAUCCUCGAGUACGAACGUCAGGCGGAACAGCGCGCCAAAGAACAAGAUGACAUGGCUACCGCCCAAGACCGCAUGUUAGAAAUUCAGACGCGCAUGCAGGGCGAGGCGGAUCGGAUCGCCCAGGAACAGUAUGAGAUGGAGCAGUAUUAUGAGACGGAGGCGUUGAAGCAUGUUGAGGAGAUGAGAGUGCAUGCGGAGGAGGUGAGGAGGCAUGAUGAUUUCAUGCGCAUGCAUCAGCGCAAGUUAAAAGAUCACGAGGCCAGUAUGGAGGCCUUUGCAAAAGUUAUAGCGUUGCCGGUUAAGCCAGGGAGGACGAGGCAAAUUAGUUUUUUGGCACCGCAGAGGGGGGCGGGAGCGGGGGCGGGUGCGGGUGGAAAUGGGAAUGGAAGUCCGGGGGGGAGUGUGGGUGGGAGUGUAGGUGGAAAUGGAAAUGGGAAUGGGAAUGGGAAUGGAUUGCUUGUGACGCCGCCGAGACCUCCGGCUGGGUUUCCGGGGUGA